UAUUCUAGACCCACCUGCAGCUAACGUUAGCAGCAGGUCUGGUGGGUCCAUUAAAUACAUAGCGAAUACUUUAGUGGUUAUUUCCGCACUUUGUACGGAAAUAACUGGUAUGGAUUGAUCCACUUCGAUCAAAGUCCCACACUCCCAAAGAUGGCUGACACAAACCAACAAAGCCCGCCUCCCCAGCCAGGGCCUGUGCAAUUUUUAAUGAGCAACAAGCUGGAAACUGCAAUGUGGCUGUCACGGCUCUUCACAGUCUACUGCUCUGUAAUGUUUAUUCUACCAGUUUUGGGACCCUAUGCAGCAGCAAACUUCUAUCAGAGAGCCUUGUUAGCGAACGCCCUGACCAGCGCUCUCCGCUUGCAUCAAAGGCUUCCACGCUUUCAGCUGAGCAGAGCUUUCCUGGCUCAGGCUCUUCAAGAGGACAGCUGCCAUUACCUGCUCUACUCACUCAUCCUUGUCAACUCGUACCCCAUCACAAUGAGCAUCUUCCCAGUCUUCCUCUUCUCCUUGCUUCAUGCAACUACCUACACAAAGAAAGUCCUUGAUUCCAUGGGCCCCAGCAGCCUGAUGUUUGUCAGAAACCUCCUGGAAAAACUAACAUCCAAUCAGCAGAACAUCCUGAAGUUCAUUGCCUGCAAUGAGAUCUUCUUGAUGCCAGCCACUGUUUUCAUGCUCUUUAGCGGUCAGGGAAGCUUGCUGCUGCCUUUCAUUUACUACCGAUUCCUCACUCUCCGCUACACGUCCAGAAGAAACCCAUACUGCCGCACCUUGUUCACAGAGCUGCGAAUUCUUCUGGAACACUUCAUCAUGAAGCCUGCCUGUCCCGCCUUCUUCAGAAGGAUGUGCCUCAGCAGUAUCGCCUUCAUCAGCCGCCUCGCCCCCACAGGGGUCUGAUUACACUACAUAAAAGUUUUGUUUUCUUUAUCAUUUGUUUUUCAUUUAGGAUGUGACUUAAACUUGGAUGGGGGCAGACACUGCCAUCAACAGAAGGAACUUUUUUUAUGAAUGUCAGCUUUACAGCUGUACAGUUGAAGAGCAGCCAGCAAUGCACUCAAGUCUCAUGAUGAUAUUCUAAUGAUUUCUAAUGUGACCUCAUUCUGGCAGUGGACACCCCUCACUUUGUUACGUUCACUGAAAGAAGCCCAGUAAACAUCAGCUGUGUUCUCUUGUUUUCAGUGUAUCGGCUGUUAUCAUUUUUUCCUUUUUAUGUCCUUAUUUAUUCAUGAAAAUUGCUUAUUCUGUGAUGAAACAUUAACAUUCUGAGAUUAGUAAGUUAAAUGAAAAUGUUCUUUUUACAUAAUUAAAAUUGUUGUUUUGUUUUUUUUAAAAUAAUUGUGCUUGGAUGACGGAAGAUUGGAGGGUGAGGUUUGUUUGCAGUUUCUACCUUGUGUAAUUUCUUUUUUAUUUGCAAAGCAUCUAAUGUUCUAAUUUGUCUACAUGCCUAACUUUAAAUGUAUUCUAUCAAUGCCAUCAACUCAUUCUUUCAACAACCUGCAAAAUUUAUGUAGAUAUGAUGUCAAAAUGGGUGUUGAAUUGAGAAACAAGAUAUCUGCUGUAUUUUAUAGAAUUUUUGAAGGUACCACACAUUUAUUUUUUUCUGUUCAAAAUGAAUUGCACAAUGCAUGCUCUGGUUAUGGAUGCAUUCUGAUCUUGUUUCUCAGUUUGAAAACUGUUUUGAGCUGGCUUUGUCCAUGUAUUUGUCACAAUUGUAGAUUUCUUGCUUAUUGCAUGCUACGUUUUUUUUUUUUCUGCCAUGUUAAAUGUGCUUAUUUGCCUACAGACAAACCACGUUUUUAUGACAAGAAUAAAAUUAUCUCUUAAUUAAACCAAUAAAAUAUUAA